AUGCACUACAAAAAUGGUGCAAAAAUAAAAAACACGUUUCGCGCGCUUCGUGAACAUUUCGGCCGCAACAACCGCCCAAACGAAACAACCAUCGGUCGUCUGGUGCGUAAAUUCGAGGCAACAGAUCCUAUGGCAAAUCUGCCAGGCUCUGGCCGGCCAAGGACCGUUCGCACACCGGAACAGAUUGCUGUUGUGAAGGAGAGUGUGAGAGACGAUCCAAAACAAUCAACAACGCGUGGAUCCCAAGAAUUGGGCAUUUCGAGAACCAGUUUGCUCCGCAUUCUCCACAAGGAUUUGAAUGUACACGCCUACAGGAUCCAAUUGGCGCCGACCAUUUUUCGCGCCGAACGAAUGGAUAUGGACGAUGUUUAUUUCCAACAAGACGGUGCAACAUGCCACACAACCAACGUCAAUAUCCAUCGAUUGCAGUCUUUCUUCGGUCAUCGCGUGAUUUCGCGCAGAGGAAAUGUGCCAUGGACACCAAGAUCGUGCGAUUUGACUCCCUUGGACUUCUUUUUAUGGGGAUAUUUGAAAAGCAAAGUCUACGUCAACAAACCAGCCACCCUCCAGGAACUCAAAAACAACAUCAUUGCCGAGAUAAAUGCCAUAGAACCGACCAUGUUGCAAAAUGUCAUUGAAAAUUUCGACCAUCGCGUGGACGUCUGUAAAUCCAGUCGUGGUGAACAUUUGAGCGAUAUUAUUUUUCAUACAUAA